AUGGCCCAACGAACCCAACUUGACGAUGCCAACAGCCCAUUACAUGAGGCGUAUGCCUGCUUGCUUGCCAACGGUCUUGACGGCGCUGGCGAAGCCCUACGCAUCCUGGUCAACGAAGCCUCCCGCAUCGAGCGUGCCCAGCAUCUGCAGGCCACACCCUACGAGCGAUCUGCCCAGCGCGUGGACCACGCCAACGGCUACAAAUCCAAGACAGUGUUGACCCGCCUGGGCGAGGUCACCUUUGAGGUGCCGCAAGUGCGUUCAGGCGGCUUUUACCCCAGCGCACUGGAGCGCGGGAGCCGCUCUGAACAGGCCAUGAAUUUGGCACUCGCUGAGAUGUACGUGCAGGGUGUCUCCACCCGCAAAGUCAUCACCGUGUUGCAGAAACUGGUGGGGCCGGACAUCAGCAUCUCAUCCACGCAAAUCAGCCGCUGCACAGCGCUGCUUGAUGAGGGCUUGCAGGCCUGGCGUACCCGCCCCCUGGACGAGACGCCGUAUGUGAUUUUGGAUGCCCGCUACGAGCGUGUACGCCACGCCAAUCAAGUGGUGGACUGUGCGGUGCUGGUGGCCAUUGGCAUCACCACGACAGGCCACCGCCGGGUACUGGGCGUGUCGGUGGCGCUGUCCGAAGCCGAGGUGCAUUGGCGAGCCUUUCUGGACAGCCUGAUUGGGCGCGGAUUGCGCGGGGUCAAGUACAUAGCCAGCGAUGACCACGCGGGGCUCAAAGCGGCCCGCAAAGCGAUGUUUCCAGGUGUGCCGUGGCAGCGCUGCCAGUUUCACCUGCAGCACAACGCACAGGGCUACGUCACCAAGCUCGACCAGCGCACAACGGUGGCCCGGCAAAUACGCGCCAUCUUCAACGCUGGCGACGCGCAUGAGGCUCAGCGCCUGCUGAACGUGGCGCUCAAAGAUUGGCAAGGCAGCCACCCUCAGCUGGCCGCUUGGGCCGAGACCAAUUUGCCAGAGGGUUUUGCGGUCUUCAAUUUGCCUGAGGGCCACCGGGUGCGCAUGCGCACCACCAAUGGACUGGAGCGAUUGAACAAGGAGCUCAAGCGCAGAACCCGAGUUGCGACGCUGUUUCCCAAUCCGCAAAGUUGUGAAAGACUGGUCAGCGCACUGCUGGCCGAACAAGACGAGGAGUGGAUGACCGCAAAAACUUACCUGAACAUGAAGCCUUGA